AUGACCAGGCUUUCCCAAGAUAACCAAGAAUGCCUCCAGAAACAUUUCUGCAGGCCAUCCAUGUGGAAGCCAUUUCUGCCCCUGCAGAAGGCUGAGGCACAUAAUGCAAACAUUCACCGAACCACCGAAAAAGAAGGGGCCACCAAGAUUGUGUAUGAUAUCAAGCUGAUGGGCUCAGAACGGAGGGAGAUGCUGAAGCGCCAGAUGCCUGCAGCCCAGGAGACAUCAGACUCCCUCCCUGGCCAGCACGGAGUAGGGAACCGAGGAUCCAACGCCUGUUGCUUCUGCUGGUGCUGCUGUUGCAGUUGUUCGUGUCUCACCGUUAGAAACCAAGAACCAGGGCCCAGGAGGGCUUCCCAUGAACCCAGAAGAGACGACCCUCCAACCUGGGAAGAAAGCCCAACUCCGACUCUGGAAGAGGUCAGUGCCUGGGCGCAGUCCUUCGACAAGCUGAUGCUCGCCCCGGCAGGAAGGAACGCUUUCCGCGAAUUCCUCCGGACAGAGUUCAGUGAAGACAAUAUGCUUUUCUGGAUGGCGUGUGAGGAACUGAAAAAGGAAGCUAAUAAAAGCAUCAUUGAGGAAAAGGCAAGGACAAUAUACGAAGACUACAUUUCCAUUCUUUCUCCUAAAGAGGUCAGCUUAGACUCCCGAGUCAGAGAAGUCAUCAACAGAAACAUGGUGGAGCCAUCCCAACACAUAUUCGAUGAUGCACAACUUCAGAUUUACACCUUAAUGCACAGAGACUCAUAUCCCCGGUUCAUGAAUUCUGCUGUCUAUAAAGAUUUGCUCCAGUCCUUAUCUGAGAAAUCCGAUGAAACAUAG